AUGGCUGAGAAACCCCAACCGGUUCGGGUGCUGUACUGUGGGGUGUGCAGCUUACCUCCCGAAUUCUGCGAAUUCGGAUCCGAUUUCGAGAAAUGCAAACCCUGGUUGAUCCAAAACGUCCCUGACCUCUACCCCAAUCUUAUCAAAGAGGCUAAUGAUAAGGAAGCUGAUAAAGUUGCUGACAAGCUGCAAAGUACUGGUAUAACAUCCGGAGCUGGUGAUGGAGCUGCUUCCUCAGCACCGAAGCAAGAAGAGGUGAAGCGUCUUCCUGGUGGGAAGAUAAAGAAGAAGGAGAAGCAAGAGGUGGUUAUUGAAAAGGUUGUACGUAACAAGCGAAAGUGUAUCACCACUGUGAAGGGCCUGGAGCAUUUCGGUGUCAAGCUCAGCGAUGCUUCCAAGAAACUCGGGAAAAAGUUUGCUACAGGAGCCUCUGUUGUCAAGGGACCAACUGAGAAAGAACAAAUCGAUGUUCAAGGGGAUAUAGCUUAUGAUAUCGUGGAAUUCAUUACAGAUACAUGGCCCGACGUUCCAGAAACAGCAAUUUUCUUUAUAGAAGAUGGGAGAAAGGUUCCGGCUGCUUGA